CAAAGAUGGCGUCGGCGGCGUCGCGAGAGGAGCGCGUUUCCUCGGAAAUUUUGCGAGGACUCGCCCGGCAUUUAAACUGUCUUGGCGAAGAUGAGAAGUCAACACGGAAAAGAGCUUUGGAGUCCAUCAAGAAGGAGACUGUGGAUAAAAAGCUCUCGGGUGUCGUCCUCCAGGAGCUUUUCUCAGCCCUCCUCAAGCCUCUCCUCAAGUGUGUGUCAGACCCGAUGGAAAGAUGCCGAGAAAUCGCCUUGUUGUUAAUCAGCGAGUUUAUUCGCUGCGUCCCCGAACCGCACGAGUGUUUGCCUUAUCUCAUGCCAUCCUUGGCUCAGCGCUUCGGCGAGCAGGAGCUGCUUGAGCCGGCGGAGGAGCUUCGCUUGUCGGCUAUGCAGAUGUUGACUCUGACGGUGGAGGUGUGUGGAAAGCAGCUGGCGCCUUACCUGAACGAAAUGAUAAACAUAUUGCAGAGGACCGUGGUCGACCCUUUCCCAGACGUCAAAAGAGAGAGCUGCAAAUGCACUGUGACCUUUGCUAAAUGCAUACCAGAGCGCUUCCACAUGCAGGCCGAGAGCUUGGUGAAGCCGCUCAUGCAGACGAUCGCUCAUCAGCACUCGAGGGUGCGCGUGUCCAUCAUCGAAGCCACCGGUGUGGUCAUUCUGCACGGCACCGGGAAAAACGUGGAUGACGUCCUUUCUCACCUGGCACAGAGACUGUUUGACGACUCGCCGCAGGUGAGAAAAGCUGUGACAGAGGUCGUCGGCGAUUGGCUGCUCAACUUGCCGGACAGAUACUCUUAUUUCCACAAACUCAUUCCACUCUUGCUGAGCAGCCUGACCGACGAGAUUCCCGAAAUAAAACUUUUGGCAGCUGAUUUAUGGCGGCGGGUUGGCGCCCAGUGGGAGCAGGAGAACGAGGACGACCUCAAGGACAAGAUGGACUUCCUCCUCACGCCGCCGCCCUUUUACCCACCGGGAGUCCAGCGCCCAGGUCUGGGCUGUCGAGAGCUGGUGGUGAGGAAUCUGUACAGAUUCGUGCCCGCCGUCAGCCACGACCUGACUGACUGGCUGGUUCCCACUCGGGUCAGAACCUCUCAGCUGCUGUCGGUGCUGCUGCUCCAUGCGGAGAACCACAGCACGCAGCACCUCCAGCCUCUCCUGGCCCUCUUCUACCGGGCCUGUACUGAUUCUGAGAGGAUUGUGGUCCACAAUUGCCUGGCUGCUGCUAAACUGUUGGGCACUUUCGUCCCGCCCAACAUCUUCCUCAAGCUGCUCCUGGACCACAUCAACGCUCCUGCCUCCGCCUGCUACCCGUGGUCUCCGCUCAUGGUGCUGGGGGCUGUGCUGGGAGGGUGCCCCAAAGCCCUGCUGGUACCGCACCUCGGGCAGGUCGCCGCCACGCUGGCCCAGCCUCACGUCCGCCAGGAAUAUCAUCAGGUUGCGUACUUGGAGCAGUUGCUGGCCUGCGUGGACGUGCUGACGCGCCAGUGCGGUUCCGACUGCGCCGGGGUCAGCCUGGAGCUGCUGCAGGUGCUGAUCACCGUCCAGAGCCUCUCCCAGGAGCCUCACGUCAGCCAGAAGGCCCUGGAGAGCAUGCAGCUUUUGCGCGAGGUCCAGGGCCUGGGCUCGAUCCCGGAGCUCUACAGGAGACACAUGGCCCAACUGCUGGACUGGCUGGCCGUCUCCGUGCGCAGCUGGUCCAUCUAUUCCACGGAGCGACUCCACUUCCACAUCAUAAUGGUGCAGUCAGGUCCAGUUAUUGGAGAGUUCGUUGGCAAAUUGAUGCCCCUGCUGUACACCUGCCUCGAACCAGAGAAGGACGUACAGCUGAAGAUGAACGUUUUGACCACGCUCACCAAGUUGCUGAUGGAUGCGGGCGACACGUUGAACUCUAAGGGGCUUUUUCAGCACGAAUCUAAGACGUUCAUGCUCAAGUUGCUUUCUGUGGGCUCCACGUGGAAAGGGGGCCGCACUGCCGCCGCCAUGCGGACCGCCAUGAUCAGCUGUCUGCUGGCACUGCUGCACGGAGGCUCCGUCGCACCCGAGGAGGUGCUGAGCUUAAAAGUCAAUCUGUCCGAGGUCGUCUUCAACAUUCUACAAGACGACUCUCCCAUGAGCCGGCUGCUGGCCUGUCGGACGCAUUCCGCCAUCCUCAGAAUGGUGGGACCCAGUCUGACCGAGAGUGACCUCAACAGCCGCUACCAGUGCCUGCUGAAGAGUCUGGACGACAGCAGCGAGGAAGUCCGGCACGAGGCCCUGCAGGGUUUGGGACUGUGGUUCUCCAGCCUGGGGGGCAACUACAACCUGCGCUGUUCCUCCGGGCACCUCCACUACAUCCUCCAGCAGCUCCUGCUGCACCUGGACGACCCCGACGGCGCGAUGCAGGAACAAGUGCUCGAAGUUCUGAUGACAGCCAGCCGCAUCUUCCCGUCUUUUGUCAAGAAGGAAACGGAGGACGUGAGGGACAAACAUCGGUCGGUUCAACACUGCGACCGAUUGCUGCAGCACAUCAACUCAAUCCCCCGAGACCCCGCACACGACCAACAUUCCACCCAAGAUGAUGAACAAGUUUCACUCGAAUUGAACGAGAAUUCAACAACAACAAGCGGGCCAGGCCUUGUUUGAUUUGAUUCAUUUUUCAGGUUGUUUUCUCAUCACUAUUGGCCAG